AUGCAUAAUUUCAAUGUGGUCGAAACAUCAACCGUCACCGGAACGUCAGCUGAUUCAUCUUCAACGACAACAAACCCGGUUUCAUCAAUAAGCCUUUGCAAACAAUCAAUGAAAUCGAUUUGCUUGGACUACUUUCUUUGGUUGGUGAACUGCUUAAAUGGAAAGGCAACGGAGAUGAGCUAUGAUGUCCCGGGAUUUACAACCUUGAGAAGUUCCACCGUGAGCUUGAAUUUCCAUGCUACCACAAAAAUUUUAACUCCAAUCCUUCCAUAUCCAGCUACCACAUACGAUGCAAUACUAACCACAAUGAUCAACUUUCAAGAUGCCUUGAAACAGAAAGGUGAUUCUUACGGUGGGUUAUGGGCUGACGAGGGUGUUUAUCGUAUUGCGAAGGAAAUACAGCUUCUAAAACCAGAACAGUUCAAUAACAUAUUCCUUGGCCUUGGGGGAUUUCAUAUGGAAAAGAUUGUCCUCCGUGUCUUGGUGCAUAUUUGGAACCAUCAGGGAUUUUUUCUGUUCUAG